AUGAAACCGCAUAAAAAAAAUGUAUUAAUUCGUUCAAGUGUGCAUUCUCCAUCGAACUUUGAUUCGAAACCCUCAACCUAAAUUCCUCGAUAGAGAUCUGUUAAUUAAUUUGAAGAAGCUGAUCCUACUUCAAAAGGUAUUAGGAAAACUAUAUUUAUGAGAUAGAAAAAUCAUAAAAAUGAGGAAUGUUGUAGACUUAGGAGAUGCAACAGAAUCUGUUAAUAAACCCUCUUCUAAACGAAUGAGGAGAUAGAGUAAGGAUGAAUAAGAUUAAUUACUUGAAUAAUUAGAUUAAUGGCAUGAAUAGGUAAUUUCAAAGAAAAAAACAUUUGCUUUUGAAUAAGUUAAGUAAAAUGACAAUAAAUUAAUGGAGAAUGAAUUUGCCAAUGAUGGAGGACCUUAAAUUAAUUAAGCAAUUAUAAAUUCAAUUCUUAAACCACAAGAAAAAUAAUAAUUAAAGAAUUUAUCAUAAGAUGAAGAAUAGAACUAAAAUGUUUAAGUUAAAUUUUAAUUAUUAAGAUCAAAUAAGGAAUCUAAUAAUCCUGUUUUAAAAACUUUAGAUUAAGUUAGGAUAGAAAUGAAUAAACAUAUUUUAAACUCAUUGUUAUUAUAAAAAGUUACUAAGAAGUUGGAUGAUUUAUAAAUUAAUAGAACAGCCAAAUCUAAUUGGAAUCAUUAAAAAAUGGAUUAAGAAACAGCUUAAGUUGUAAGAGAUUAAUCAUAAGCUAUCAAAAAUUCAACACUAAAUAAUUUUAAGGGAUUAACUGAAUAUUUUAGUAAUCCUGCAUAAUAUAUUGAUUAUGAUAUAGUCUUAUCAAAGGCAAAAUAUUAUAGUAAUAGACCUCCUAAGUAAUUCUAAGAGAAUAUAGUAAUGACAGGAUAAUAAUCAUCAUCUUCUGCAAAAUAAUUAAUGGAAUCAUAUUAAUAGUUCUAAAUUUAAAUUAAAGAAAAUAAAUAAACCCUAUAUUAAAUGAGAUUAGAUAAUAAUUAAUUAGUUUAAUAAACAACUAAAAAGGAAGAAGAAAUAAGUGAAAUAAGAAGAAAAUAUUAUGGAAAAGAAGAAAAAGUGAGAUUAGGUUAUGUUCCUGAUUAAGAAGGUAAAAAAAAGAAUAUGAUGGAAAUUAUUGAAAAAAUUAUAUAAUAGAGAGAUUAAGAAAUUAGAAAUAUUUAAAAAUUCAUUAACUAAAUAAAAGAUGAAAUGCAUAGAAAUAUAGAUAAAUAGGAAGUAAUUUAGAAAGAGUUAGAUGAAUUAAGAUAAAAAAAGAGAAGAUGUAAGAUGUUAUUAAAAGAUAUAUUUUUAAAAUAACUUUAAGAGGCAAAUGAAUAAUUGAUGCCAGAAGGAUUAAUUCAAAUAAUUAAAUAAAUGAAAAAAAUCAAUGAAAAUGCUAAAAUUGAAUAAUUUCCAAGAUAUUUAGAUGAUUAAUCAAGACAAUAUCUUCUUAAAGCUGCAUAAUUAGAAAUGGAAAUAGAAGAUGCUAGAUCCCAAUCUUAAAAACUAAAUCAUAAUCAUACUAAUUUAAAAAGUACUUAAUCAUAAUAAUGUUUAUUUUCAACAUAACCUGUAAGUGUAUCUUAAUUGAAAAACUAAGUGAAGACAAUGCUUAAAAGAAGUAAGGUUUCUAUUAAAAAACCAGUGUUUGUUUAAGGAAUAGAUCCUUUGAAUCCUUCAUCUUUUGCUCAUGUUAUUAAAUGGGAAAAUUAGGAAUUAGAAUCUAUUAAUUUAUAAGAUAAAGAAGAUACCCAAAUUAAAUUAUAAAAUAUGCCUAGUGAAGGAAAUUUAAUUAUUAAAGAUUAUAAUUUAAAACUAGUUUAAUUUUAGUAAUAACUUGAAUAACUUUAGAAGGAAGAAUAGGAAAGAAUAUUAAAAUUAUAUUAAAAUAAAAGACAUUUAUCAGAUGUUCAAGAGUUGAAAUUAGUAAUGUAUUCAUUAUUUGGAUAAGUAAUAGGAGAUUAAAUAUGGUAUGAGUUUGUUAUUGAAUGGACUGAGCAAAAAUCCUUAAAUCCAUAGUAAAUUUUAAAAAAAGAAACAGAAUCUAAAUCAAAUGAAAAAGGAAUGAGUUAAAAACUAAUAAAUGAAAAAAUCAAAUAAAGGAUGGCUAACACUUAUCGUAAAUUAUAAUAAAAUAAUUAAGUUGAAUAUAAUUUUAAUAUGCUAGAUUGA